UAAACACCCAGAUAAAGCCCCAGACAACUAUAACAUUACGCAUUCCCCGAAAGAAAGACAAAUUACUGUAAUAAAUCGUAGUAGAAGUACUUCCCCACCCCUAGACACCCCACCCUCCCCUUCUUUUUUCCGGAGGGACCUUAUCCAAAACAGAAGGAAACUGAUAGACAACACUCAACCUCAGGAGAUACUGGGAAAAAGACAACGCUCACUAGAAGAAGAAGGAGAAAGAGAAGAAAGAAAGAAACAACACAGAGAGAAGAGAGGGAAGACUUCAAUCUAG